AUGGCCGCUUCGGCAGACGAGAGGCAAAAGGGCACCGCGGUGACCGAGUCCGAGUCACAAGCAGCAGCUCCUGCUCCCCCGAAGGAGGGAGGUCUCCAUGGCUGGCUGCAGGUAGUCGGCACGCUGUUUAUUCUCUUCAACAUCUGGGGCCUCGCCUUCGCCUUCGGCUCCUUCCAAAGCUACUACGUCCUCGACUUCCUCCCCCACGUCAGCACAUCCGCCAUAUCCUGGGUCGGGACAAUCCAGUCCUGGCUCCUGAUCAUCGGCGGCCUCAUCGCAGGCCCGCUCUUCGACAUGGGCUACUACCGAUCCAUGAUCCUCGCGGGCUCCUUCCUCUCCGUCUUUGGUAUCAUGAUGCUCAGCAUCGCCACGGAGUACUACCAGAUCCUGCUGAGCCAGGGGAUAUGCACGGGGCUGGGCUUUGGAUUACUAUAUAUUCCAAGUAUCACGCUUGUGUCUCGGUCGUUUGUGCGAAAACGGGCGCUGGCGCUGGGGGUUUCGACGGCGGGCGCGCCUUUGGGGGGCGUGAUUUACACGCUCAUGUUUGAGCAGUUACUACCAAAAGUCGGGUUUCCGUGGACGGUCCGGAUUAUCGGGUUUACGAUGCUUGCGCUGUUUGUUGCGAGUGCGGGGAUGCUCCUCUGGAAGGCCGAGAAUACCGGCCAGUUCCCCUCCACGCAGGCGCAGACACAGUCGCGGACCCGCCGCCUCUUCGACAUGCGCGCCCUCAAAGACCUCCCCUUCUGGAACUUCACCGUCGCAAACUUCUUCCUGUACCUCGGCUACAUGACCCCCUUCUACUACAUGCCCAUCUACGCGGAAACGAAACUCGGCACGUCGCGCUCGCUGGGCUUGUACAUCCUCAUCAUCUCCCAGGCGUCGUCGAUCGUCGGGCGGGUCAUCACCACCGCUGUCGCGCACUAUUUCGGGGCCAUGAUCCCCUGGAUCUUCUGUGGGGUAGCUUCGGGGGUGUUGUGUAUUGCAUGGAUUAGUGCGGAGAGCUUGGCGAGGUUUAUUCUGUUUUCGGCGUUUUAUGGCGCCAUAUCUGGCGCCCUCGUCCCCCUCCCUCCGAGCGUCUUCCCGCACAUCUGCCCUGACCCGACAGCGCUAGGAACAUGGCUCGGAAUGGCGCAGAGCAUAACGAGCUUCGCGACACUAAUCGGAGCGCCGAUUGCAGGGGCGCUGGCGGAUUUGGGGGCCAACGGAAGCGACGAUUUGCAGUUUGUGAAUGUGCAGCUUUGGUGUGGGAUCUUGAUGCUUUCGGGGGCGGUGCAGUUGCUCGGACUUUGGUUUUUGUUGUGGAAGGUUCGGGGGAAGAAGGGGUUGCUCUAG